AGCUCGUGACCAUCUUGGAAGUGAAAUACAGUGCAAAACAAUAUCAAAACAAAGGAAUAGUACGCAGUUUACAAUCACUUCCUAAUAAAAYUGAAAGAAAGAACGAUGGGCGGCCCAGCCGAACCAAUGACGACGGAUACAGUGUUCGCUACUGCAGUCACCGAAGCAACGGGUGAUAGCACGAAUGCAGUUGAGGACGGAUURGAUUCUCUACAGGAACCUCUCUUGCCACAGGUAGUUUCGCUAGGUAAGUGAAAACAUUUUUCUACCGUGAUCGUAAACAACGAACAAAAUAAAAAAUAUGGAACCGCUGAUUUCUGUCCAAAAACACUCCACAAUUUGAAUUUUGGUCCUUGCCAUAGACGAGAAUACCGAGGACAUCCCAGAUGCACUUCCUGUCGAUGAUAGCAAUGCUAAUUUGGAAGCCCCUAUUUUUGCGGGACCAAUCGAAUUCGACGAAAGCGAGUGGGACCACGGUGAAGCCCAACCAGAAGGGUUCCGGGAUUGCUUCUGGGGGAUUAUCUUUCUGUUGCAGCUAGUGGGUGUUCUUGUGCUCUCCGUUAUGGGGAUCCAAAACAUGAUCAAGGACUAGUAAGUGGGAGCACCGUAAUGUUCGCCAGGUUUGAUAAUAACGCUCUAGAUACUCAACCUUCUGUCCUCGCAUUCUGUGCCAUGUUGUUGCAGCUCCGAAAACGUUCCCGACAACAUCGAUAGGAAGACGAUUUUGUUUUUCGUCACUCUUGUGGGGUCAACCAUGGUUCUUUCUUCCAUCUUAAUCAACAUUCUUCUUGGCGCAUUCGCAUCAAUGCUGAUUCAGAUUAGCUUGGUGCUGCCACCAAUUUCGUUGUUUGUAACCGCAGUCGUUUCGUUGGUGACCUUCAACGUCCCAGUUGCAUUUUUUAGUUUCAUUAUGUCGGUUAUGGGAAUCUACUUUGCAUUCAUGGUUUGGAACAAGAUUCCUUUCGCUGCGGCAAACCUGAAGAUCGCUCUAUCGGCCAUCGGCGACAACCAUGGCUUGUGGAUUCUAGCGUAUGCAGUUUCCAUCAAAGCCUACAUAUGGGUAUUGCUCUGGUUCGCUGCGGUAACCGAGAUCGUAGAAUAUCAUACUUUCUGGGUGCAAGAUAGCAACGACCGUGUGUCCACGCAGGGCUAUGUUGUGGCUUUCGUUAUGAUCUUGAGCUUAUGCUGGACCAACCAGGUACUAAACAACAUCUUUCACACCACCAUUGCCGGCGUGGUUGGAACGUGGUGGUUCGAUCCGGAACAGCGAAUUCAACGACGCCCCGGACAUUGUGGGUGCAGCCCCGCUAUUUUCGAUUCCUGGUUUCGCAGCAGUUUCUACAGUUUUGGAAGCAUUUGUUUUGGAAGUUUGUUAGUGGGAAUUCUACAGGUCUUGCACUUGAUUGUUCGGUGCGGAAGAAAAAACAGAAACGAACAGAGAUUACGAGGAAGGGACCAGCCAAAUACCUCCGACUUUUUGUUUUGCCUGUUGGAGUUUUUGGUAGAAAAAAUGGAAUUUAUGAUGGAAUACUUCAAUUCAUGGGCCUUUGUCUAUGUUGGAUUGUACGGUUACGACUAUUGGUCUGCAGGCAAGAAAGUGACAACGCUCUUUCGAGAACGUGGCUGGAGCGUGAUUCUCAACGACCAGCUUGUGGUUCGAUCUCUUUCAAUGAUGUCCUUGUUGAUCGGCCUCCUUGCAGGCCUUUUCGGUGUGGUGUUAGGAUUCUUUGUGCUAGAUCUCACUGGUGCUCUUUCCUCGGCCAUUGCCAUAUUCUUUUUUGGAGCAAUGCUGGGAAGAGCAAGCUGCCAGGUGCUGUUUGGAGUCGUCACGAGUGCUGUCGACACGGUAGUGGUGUGUUUUGCGGAAUCCCCCAACCAGCUUAAAAACCAUCAUGAUCCAGAACUAUUUCGAGAUUUGGUUGAUGCAUGGAGGAAGGCUUAUCCCGAAGAAUGUGGGUUCUGAUUCACAAGAGGAAGGUAGCAUUAGCGGCGAAGGAGAUGACGGUAAUAAUUUUUAUCAGUAACGUGUCCCUUCUUGCGUGGAAGGAUCAUCUCAUAAAUAAUGGAUCAACCAUUCUCAUCACGUAUAUUUCACCUUUUCAUGAAUACAAUAWUUACAGAAUAUCAAAUCAGCCACAGUAAUUGUUAAAUAUUCCAUAAUAGCAUCAUCGUACAGCAAACAUCAAAUGAUAUCUUAGACGAUGGGAGAAAUAAGUAAGAACAUCCUGGGCCUGGGAAACAUCCGGAGGACGAGGUAAGUAUUUGUCACUUGAGCGUACGAAAUGAAAGCGGCGUGAGACAGGUUGGUUCUCUCGGGACCCCAAAACCGGAAGGUUACAACAAAUACGGCAAUGGCUAUGCUUACGAGGGAACGUGCAGCAUGAAGGUCCUAGAAAUAGAAUAGAACGGGUUAGUGGAGACCAGUCCKGUAUUCCAAUGGAUGGUCAUCGCGUAUAAUUCCACAGAAGAGGUAAUGCGGCGUCAGCGCAUCGAAAUCGAGAUCGGGGUUAUGCAAUGAGUGGCUGUUUUGAAGCGAGGAGCAGCCGAGAAAAAAAAUGGCUCCCAGAAAUAACUGGAGCAACUUGAGGAUGGAACCAUCAGAAAGCAAAAUGACACCGGACGAUAGCUACGAUCAUUACACAAAGUCUAAUUUUCUUCAAACUAU